CCUUUUUUCAAAGCAAACUCACAAAAACGUGAAAGAACACGACUUCAAUGAAAGCCGCCUCCGCCGCCGUUUUCCGGAAAGGAAUCGACGAGGACGGAGACGAGGAGGAAGAGGAAGUCUGUAAUGUCUUCGACGGCGAAGUAGAGAGCCAGACGUUGUCGUCCAAGAGAAGCCACGACACCAAAAAGCUCAAGGGGUUUUUCACUUCCUUGCUUUUGAUGGAGGAGCACGAGAAGCAGGACCAGGAAGCUCGGAACGCUGCUUCCCGCCGAGAAAUGUCCGACUUUCAGUCAAAUUACCGGAAAAGGGCGAGAACCAUGUCCGAUUACUACUCCGAUAUCAACAAUUACUACGCCGACGCUGAGGAAAGCGGCGAGAUCAAUCGGAAGAAGGCACGCGUCUCACGCGCCGUCGCUUCCGUCUCUGCUGCUGCGACAGAGUGUUCGGAGCUGGAGGCGGAAAGCAGCGAGAUUACCGGAUCCGGAUCGGUCCGCGGUUCGGGUUCGGGUCAGCAAAGGCGGUUAUGGGUUAAGGAUCGGAGCCGGGCGUGGUGGGAAGAGUGUAGCCGAUUGGAUUAUCCAGAAGAGGAUUUCAAAAAAGCGUUUCGAAUGUCCAAAUCGACCUUUGAACUAAUCUGCGAGGAGCUGAAUUCGGCGGUGGCGAAAGAAGACACCGCCCUGAGAAACGCGAUUCCGGUGCGGCAGCGAGUCGCGGUUUGCAUAUGGAGAUUAGCCACCGGAGAGCCACUCCGACUCGUCUCCAAGAAAUUCGGUUUAGGAAUCUCCACUUGCCACAAGCUUGUUCUGGAGGUAUGUAAAGCGAUUAAAGAUGUUCUAAUGCCCAAGUACCUUCAAUGGCCAGAUGAUGAGUCUCUUAGAAACAUUAGAGAAAGAUUCGAAUCCAUCUCGGGGAUUCCAAACAUCGUUGGCUCCAUGUAUACCACUCACAUUCCGAUCAUAGCCCCUAAGAUCAGUGUAGCUGCUUAUUUCAACAAACGCCACACCGAGAGGAACCAGAAGACUUCAUACUCAAUCACAAUUCAAGCAGUUGUGAACCCGCAAGGCGUUUUUACUGACUUGUGCAUCGGAUGGCCCGGGUCAAUGCCUGAUGAUCAGGUGUUGGAGAAGUCAUUGCUGUACCAGAGAGCCAACAAUGGAGGUCUUUUAAAGGGGUUGUGGGUCGCUGGUGGACACGGUCACCCGCUAUUGGACUGGGUCUUGGUUCCAUACACGCAGCAGAACUUGACAUGGACGCAGCACGCGUUUAACGAGAAGAUGAGCGAUGUGCAGAGAGUGGCUAAAGAAGCGUUUGGGAGGUUAAAAGGACGGUGGGCGUGUCUGCAGAAGCGGACUGAAGUGAAACUGCAGGAUUUGCCCACGGUUUUGGGCGCUUGCUGUGUGCUUCACAACAUAUGUGAAAUGAGAGAAGAGAGGAUGGGUCGGGAGCUGAUGGUUGAUGUGAUGGAUGAUGAGGUUUUGCCUGAAAACGCAUUGAGAUCGGCGAAUGCAAUGAAGGCGAGAGAUACUAUCUCACAUAAUCUGUUGCAUCAUGGACUCGCUGGUACUUCUUUCCUGUAGAAAUAAGACUAUGGAAAUGUUCUUUUAGUUUCUCCUCCUAUAUGAUAAACUAAACUCACUUUGAUUCUUUGGUUUAUGCAUAAUGUAUUGUACGUUUAGAUCACAGAUGUUAUAUGAGGCAAUAGAAGAAACUUACAUUAUAUACAUAUAUAUAAUAUAUGCAGAAUAUGUAUAAAACAAGAAUUUGUACUAACUCGAUGAGAUUUCAUUCUGGUGCUUCGAUUAAAAGUAAGUGUAGAAUGUGAGUGCUGAGCCAACAAGGUUGGUUUGUAGUUGUACUCUGUGUUGUGGUGCUUUGGGAAAAACGACAUGUUUUGAUGCUACGUCAGUAAAAACGGCACGCAUUCCAUAUUGCUGCUAGUCUUGUUUCUUUAAACUUUUAAAGUGCUUCACUCGUUUUUGCCUAGUGGCUCUUACUCAGCGAGCGACUCACCAAUGGCAGCCACUCUCUUUUCGGACCCACCGAUCAGAUGCAAACCGACAAGCGAGAAUUAGAUAUUUUUUUCCCCUCGAAGCGAGAAAUAGAUUUCAUCAAUCUUAAUGAUUAUAUUUAAUUAGACAUGCUAAAAACUAAAAACUCGUCGUAUGAAAGAAAAAAGAUUUGCAUUCUAGAUUUUUUUGUUUUAAUACCCACAAAAAAGAAAAGAGUGGAAGAAAUAGAGAAUCCCCUUAAAAAAGUAAUUUUAAAAAACAAUGGUUGAUAUAAAUCUUGACUCCCGCUAAUUUCUCUGAAUUUUUGUUCUAACGAAGAAAGUUGGUUAAUAGUCUUGUAGCAUCACCCAUUGAAACAGGAAGAAGAGAGGAGAGAAAGCUAGAGAGACCAGAGAAGAAGAAAGCUUACCAUCUUCUUUCCUCUUCUUCCCUCUCCUCUCUUCUUGUUCCCAGACACGACCAAAGGUCUGGUGACACCUGAAACAUUAUUACAUUUUUUUUAAUUCUGUCGGGAAUUUUUUUUCCAGAAAUUCUCUGCAGAUCAAUUGAUAUAAAUGGCUUGUUACUCAUCGGACGAUGGGCACGCGCCAGUGAACUCGACGGUGGUCGCCAUCGACAAAGACAAGAACAGUCACUACGCUGUUCGUUGGGCCGUCGAUCAUCUCUUCAAUAUGAUCAACAAUCCCAACAUGAUUCUAGUCCAUGUUCGUCUUAAAAAUUCAAACCAUGGAGACGACGAAAUAAACCAGCUUUUUAUUCCUUACAGAGGGUAUUGUGCGCGAAAAGGGAUCUCGAUGAUGGAGGUUAUUCUGGAAGAUACCGACGUUGCGAGAGGAAUCUUGGAUUACGUCAACAACAACCUUGUGAACAACAUCGUGUUGGGAUCAUCCACAAAGAACCCGUUCGCUAGGUCUCUCAAGUUCACUAAAUCACAUGACGUUGCAGCUUCCAUUCUCAAGUUAACCCCGGAGUUUUGUUCCGUCUAUGUCAUCUCCAAAGGCAAAGUCCAGUCUUCACGAACAGCUCAAAGGCCUAUCAGCAAUACGCUUGUCCCACCUCGUGCACCAUCAUCAUCUACAUUUAAUCAUGUCCCAAUUCUACCCGAUGCUGCUGAACAAGAUCCCUUACCUAGGGGCCAACGUAAUGCAAGAAACGCAGCUCCAGAGAGGCAUCCUCAUGAGAAUGGCGGCUUCAAAGCUGUGCGAGAAAGGCACAGAAGUCCUACGAAUGGAUCAUUAGACUUUAAUCAUGAGUUUAACACGCCCAAGGGUCAAAAGAACCCCGUGGGACGUCGUUCGUUUUCUGAUGAAUCGGAUGUUGGGCCUCUCGCGAUGGGCUCCAUUGACCUUACUGCUCAGAAUUUUGAUGCCAUUGGUGCAUCUGGUUCUUCUGAUGAAUCAGUGUCACAAGGAACUAGAGAUAUUGAAGCAGAGAUGAAAAGGCUAAAGAUUGAGCUCAGGCAAACCAUGGACAUGUACAGCUCAGCCUGCAAGGAAGCACUUACUGCAAAGAAGAAGGCAAAUGAGCUUAGUCUGUGGAAAAUGGAAGAAGCUCGGAGAUUUGAGGAAGCUAGGAGUGCUGAGGAGGCAGCCCUGGCUGUUGCAGAGAUGGAGAAGGCCAAGUGCAGAGCUGCAAUGGAAGCAGCUGAGAAAGCGCAGAGAAUGGCGGAACUAGAAGGACAGAGAAGGAAGCAAGCAGAGAUGAAAGCAAGAAGGGAGUCUCAGGAGAAAGACCGUGCGAUUACUGCUUUGGUACAGAACGAUGUCCGGUACAGGAGAUACUCUAUAGAAGAGAUUGAAGAGGCUACUGACAGAUUUGCCAGCAACAGAAAAGUAGGAGAAGGGGGAUAUGGACCAGUCUAUAAGGGUACGCUCGAUCACACUCCUGUUGCCAUUAAAGUCUUGAGACCUGAUGCUGCUCAGGGAAAGAAGCAGUUUAACCAGGAAGUUGAGGUUCUAAGUUGCAUCAGACAUCCUCACAUGGUUCUUCUCCUUGGUGCGUGUCCGGAAUAUGGGUGCUUGGUGUAUGAGUUCAUGGAAAACGGGAGCUUAGAGGACAGACUCUUUCGUAGAGGAAACUCGCCUCCUCUCUCAUGGAGGAAAAGGUUCCAAAUAGCAGCAGAGAUCGCUACUGCACUCUCUUUCCUUCACCAAACGAAGCCAGAGCCUCUGGUUCACCGUGACCUAAAACCUGCCAAUAUACUCUUAGAUAGAAACUACGUGAGCAAGAUCAGUGACGUCGGGUUAGCUCGGUUAGUCCCCGCGUCGGUGGCUAAUACCGUCACGCAAUACCACAUGACAUCAGCGGCAGGAACAUUCUGUUACAUAGACCCGGAGUACCAGCAAACAGGGAAGUUAACCACGAAAUCAGACAUAUACUCGUUAGGGAUAAUGCUGCUUCAGAUCAUCACUGCAAAGAAUCCAAUGGGUCUGGCUCACCAUGUGUCGAGGGCAAUCGAUAAAGGAACUUUCAAGGAAAUGCUUGACCCUGUCGUGACUGAUUGGCCUGUCGAAGAAGCUAUAAGUUUCGCUAAGCUGUGUCUAAGAUGUGCAGAAUUAAGAAAGAAAGACAGACCAGAUCUUGGAAAGGAUAUAGUUCCAGAGCUUGUCCGAUUAAGAAGCUUGGGGAUGGAAAAUGAGUCAGGAUGCAAGAAGUAACCAACUGGGUCAGAAGAUCAUAUAUACUUCUUAAAUCUUUUCAAGACUUUUGUAAGGAACUGAAUAGAGAGAUUACUUGCUUCUCAAGAAAGGAAGUUAAGAAAGGGGUAAGUGAAGUGCCAUGAAGAGGAGAUGACUGAACUAAAAUCUAACCCUUGUCAAUAUUGUAUCUCUGUAACAUAAUACUUCCACCUUUCUGGCUCUCCGAUGAAAAGUAUUUAACAAAAAUCAAUGGUUUAUUUGCGGUUACCAGACAUUAAUAUGCGCUUUAACAUAUAAAAACACCCGAUUAC